CUACCGGGAGACAUACGCCUACUUCAGAUAGACUGAAUGUUCAGGUAAAUUUGUCAGAAAAUGAACGUAUAUCCGACUUAUCUUCGGAAGAAGAGUCACACUCGCCAAUUCAGGGCACAAAUAAUACGCCAUUACAGGGCAAAAAAGAUAUGCCAAGACAGGGCAAAAACAAACGACCAAACGUAUCAUGCGUACAGGGUCACAAUGAGUCUUCUUCGGAAGGCGAAGAAAGAGAAUGGCUCAACGAACGAGUUACUGAAAAAGAAAACGUACGAGUUAACAAGAAUGUAAGUAAGAAGAAACGUAAACAAACCGAGAGGUCAGAUUCAGAUUCUAGUUCAGAUUCAGACAGUGGAGAAGAUGAUGACUCAGAGCUCUCCGAGUCAGAAUUGUUUAAUCCUUCUCAAGUUUUACAGAACAAAGGAGAUCUGGUGAAAAAUCUCAACAGUUUUUUCGGACAGGGCCCUCGAACAACAGAUUCCAGUUUGGGGGCCACAAUUACAGAGGGCAGUUCAGCCAAAGAGGGAGGGGCUACAGAGGAGCCCCCUGAUCUGCAACAUUUACAAGGAAAACAGAGAAUCAGUAAAUCAGGUUAAAAGAUGGAACAAAUAAGUUUUCUAGAGCAGUGUUGGAAUUAGAAGAAUCUGACGGAUGAUGCCGGUUGAUCUCUGCGGGAUCCUGUUUUUUGUACAUGUAUAUUAUCCUGAUUCAAGAAUGUCUCUCAAAGUGAAUUUUGUGUAUAAGUGUUCUCCUCUUAAAUAAGGGCAAACAUUGAAAGCAUUGAUGGGUGGUCACUCAGGUGUGUUAUUCACCUGUAUGGACAAGUCUAAAUUAUUUUAUAGGGGUGUCCACUUUAAACAGCUGAUUUUGAG